CACUCGCAGAACUCACUCGAAAACCGGAGUAUUUCAGUUUCCUUUAUCAAUACGUACCAUUCAGACAUGUCACGAGACGGUUCUUACAAUUUAUCUUUAGCAUUAUUUGCUAUUGUCAGUCUUUUUGUAAUUGGGACCAGUCCGCUGCAGUAUCAGGCGGGAGGCAAUUAUGAUUACGACUACAAUAUUCCAUAUGAGAACUAUCCACCAGUAGCAAAAUUCGACAGGCCGAUAGUCGUAAAGGAUUUCAUCCCCAAACCAGAGGAAGAGCGUCAAGAUUUGAGUAAAAUUCCUGGAAUUCCUGGAGUGGAUUAUCCUCUAUAUCAUACGGUUCCGUCGACUAGUUUUUCUUGCUCUCGCGUUCCCCACGUGCCAGGAAUGUACGCGAACGUGGAAACCGGUUGCCAGGCGUAUCACGUAUGCCACGACGGCCGCGAGGGUCACCAGGGUGCUUCGUUCCUUUGCACCAAUGGAACUCUGUUCAAUCAACGAGAAUUCUCUUGCGAUUGGUGGUACAAUGUAAACUGCGCCGAUGCAAUAUCUUUAUACAGAUUAAAUUUGGAUCCCCUGAAAAAUCCGUAUGUGCCAAAAGAGACGCAAGAGCUACUUAGAAAACGCAUGAGGAUCGUCGUCUUGUAA